GGGGACGGGGCCCGGGGGGGGACAGCAGCAGGGAGAAUUUGAAAGGACACGCGGGCGGGGUGACUGCCCCGGAGGGGAACCGCCUGAGGAGGAAGGCUUUGGCCUCCGGGGAGACGGAUGGCAUCAGGAAGGGCUUUAAGGGACGCCAGUAGAGGCUGGCCUUUUGCGGGUUCGUUAGUGCCACACUUGAGUAGGGCGUGGGGGGGGCUGUCUUCCACUGACACCCAAAUCCGGGAUCCCUGGUCUUGGCUCCCCAGAGCUCUGCCUCCUGUCCCUUCUCCUACCUCCCCCCAGGGAAACUUAGUUCUUUUCUGACCCCUUCCCUUGCCUGAUCUAGCUCCUCUCCAAACAGCCAUGCCCUCGAAAUGCUAGGGACCUGGGCCCUGAACCCUGUAGACAGAUGCCCCCCCCAGACUGGGGCAUGGGAGGGGGGCUGGGGGACCCCAUGAUUCAGCCACGGACUCCAAUGCCCAGCCCCUCUCCCCAGAACAAUCCCCAGACCAUCCCACGUCCCUGCCCCAACCCUUCGCGGCUCUGUACACAUUUUUAAACCUGGCAAAAGAUGAAGAGAAUAUUGUAAAUAUAAAAAUUUAACUGUUGGUUGUGCCUGCUGUGAUGGGGGGGCUGUCGGUGGGGGGCUCCGAGGAACUAAGCCUCAGGGCCGCCACUCCGCCAGUGAGGGAGAGGGAGGUGGUCCGAGCCCACAGCCCACUUCAGGGAGCGGCUUGGAGCGCCGGGAGAAAGGGGGGGAGCGGGUGCUGGGGUAAGGUUGCCACGGUAGCAGGGUGGUGUGGGGAGUUCCGAUCAGGGCCCAGGUGUGUGCAGAGGCCUGAGGCUGCUGUAGAGAAGGAAUGGCCAGGGGCUCAUGGGGGCAGAUACCAGACAGGCCAGGGGGCGUGGGGGCCAGGCCAGGUGGCUGGUUACGGGGACAGCAGUGCCAGGUGCAGGGUUCGGCCUCUGUCGAGGCCUGGGCCCGGGCUGGAAGGUCCACCACGCCCAAGACUUUGUUUCUUGGCACAUUGUGAGGGAGAGCCCGGCAUCAUUGUGACCCGCAUACCCCCAGGAGCCCCUGGGGCAGGCAGGCAGGCGGCCUGGUGGAUAGUGUGGGUACAGUAGGCUGGGGGCCUAGGGGCCCCGGUGGCCCUAGGGACCCCCAUGGCCAUGGCUGAGCGGCCACGGCCCGGGUGGGCCGCGUAUCACAGCUCCAACACCAACAGCUGUCAGGACCUGGGCAACUCCAUCCUAUUGCUCCUGGGCCUCAUCAUCUGCAUUAAUAUUAGCAUCAACAUGCUCUGGCGCCGACUCCGGGGCUUCUUACGCCAAGUGUUCCGUAUUGUUUAUGAGAAAGAAGCUUCUAAGUCAUCCUCACCGGGGAAGCAGCCCCAGCCUCCGAAGCAGAGCGCCCCUGCAGUCCACCUCCGAUGCACCAUGGACCCUGUGAAAAUGACCGUGACCCCCCCACCCACUCGCCGCCACCGCCCCCGGGGCUCUUCGGGCCGCCGUGCCCACCGCCCAGUAGCCUGGGCCCCCGAAACGGACGACGACGAGAAGCCCCCACACCAGCACCCGGCAGUCUGCUCCCACCACUGGGAUCAGCCGGCAGACUGGCAGGGCUUCCAGUCCAGCCAGAGGUUCUGGGCUCCCUGGCCCCAGGAUGCCGUGGAGCCCCCUCCCCAGACCAUUCGCUUCCAGCGGACCAUAGGAGGAAGGCCCCUCAAAGGAGAGAUGCGGUCAGAGCUGGGCCUCGAGGCCUACGUGUACCCGGUGAACCCCCCGCCCCCAGGCCCACAGGCCCUGAGCCACAAGAACAGCGGGGCGGGGGCCCAGGCCGAGCCGGAACCGUGUGCCCCCAGCCCGCCAGCCCCGCCGCCCCUCCGGGGCCCGGCCAUUGUCCCUGACAUGCCCCGGCGCCACUCCUCGGGCCGCGUGGUCUACGACGCCCGAGACGUGAGGCGGCGGCUCCGGGAGCUGACCCGUGAGGUGGAGGCCCUGUCCCACUGUUACCCCCUGGGCUCCCCAUCCAGCAACGUGGCUGAGGGCACGGGCAAGGACUGGGUAUACCGCUCUGUGGCAGAGAGGUGACGGGGACAAAAAUAAAAGGAAGAGAGGAGGUGGUCUGCGGUGGUGUGGGGGGUGGGGAGUCAGGGCCCACACAGCACCCAGAGGCCCCGGUCCCUCAGCGAAGGGUCUCCCUGGCAACAGGGACCUCGGGAGCCCCAAGGACCCUCAUCAACCCCUUGGCUUCCCUGGGCCCUGCCCUCAGUUCUCUCCCAGCCCUUUCUGGGGCCCGACAUUCCCACCUGCCACUCCCCUGGUUUUUUUCAUGCCCAGAGCAGCCCCCCCGCCCCAGAUCCCGGCCCAGAUCCUCAGGCAGGCCUGCACUAGGGGGGAGACCCCACCCCCGUGGCCCUAGCCCCUCGGCGGCCUGGUUUCUGCCGGUGCCCAGGGCUGGGCAGCAGCCGCCAGGUGUGGUGUGCUUCCCCGGCCUCCCCUCCAAAGCCCUGGUUUCUUUGAGCAGGGCCGGCUGAGAGGGAGGGUGCCCAGGCCCUCACAAUUCCCCCA